AUGAGCAGUUCCACGCCGUUGCAGAGGUCAAGCUCUCGCGCCUCCAUUUGGCGCUCAUGGAGCCCCUUUAAUCCUCUCUCCAACUACGAAAGAUCGCUCCACAACUAUCCCUGGCUUAGCAUCGACGAGGAUGAGAAGCACGAGCCGUUGCAGGCAGCCGAGUUUACUGAUUACCCCCCUCCAUCUUCUCCGCCUCUCCACCCAGCCCAACGCUUGCCGUCGCUCGUCGAUGAUUUUGAGCGCGCUAGUCAUGAGGAGGCGUCUCACCGGCGCCGGCUCGAUUUGGAACAGGGCUCAGAGACAGUAGAACCCGAACCACUGCUCGACGUUCAGGACCCGGACCCGAACCUGGUAACUUGGGACGGUGACGACGAUCCGAUGAACCCGCACAACUGGAGCCGCCACAAGAAAUGGAUCUCCACACUGCUCGUUUCGUGUUUCACCUUCAUCUCACCCGUCUCCUCGACCAUGUUGGCGCCCGCGCUGCCCGAUAUACAAAAGGAGUUCAACAUCACCUCUGACUUUGACGGCUAUCUCAUCAUGUCCAUCUUCCUACUCGCCUACGCCGUCGGCCCCUUCCUACUUGCCCCGCUUUCCGAAAUGUACGGCCGCGUUGUCGUCCUUCAGUCGGCUAAUAUGAUCUACCUCAUCUUCAACACCGUCUGCGGCUUUGCCCAGACCCGCGAGCAGCUCCUCGUCUUCCGGUUCUUGAGCGGCCUCGGGGGCAGCGCCCCGCAAGCGCUCGGCGGAGGCGUCCUCAGUGACUGCUGGAGGCGCGAAGAACGCGGGACGGCGGUUGCCAUCUACAGCCUCGCACCUUUCCUCGGACCGGCUGUAGGGCCCAUCGCCGGCGGUUACCUGACGCAGUACAUGAACUGGCGCUGGAUAUUUUGGGUUGUGUCUAUGGCGGACGCCGUCGUACAAGUUCUCGCGUUUCUAUUCCUAAGCGAGACAUACCCCCCAAAGAUCCUCAAGGUUAAGGCAAAUCGGCUGCGCAAAGAAACUGGAAACAAAGCUCUGCACACUGAGUUUGAAUCUCCGGACCGGACUUUCUUCCAGUCCUUGCGUAAGAACUUAAUGAGGCCGUUUAUUAUGCUGUUUACGCAGCCGACAAUCCAGAUUACUGCCUUGUAUAGGGCGUACUUGUACGGGUUAAUGUAUCUCGUCUUCGCGUCGUUCCCUAUGGUCUGGGAGAAGCAGUACCAGCAAGAGCCUAGCCGAGCUAGUCUCAACUACCUUUCCCUCGGCGUCGGCUUCGUCAUUGGUCUUCAAGUGUCCGGGCCACUUAUAGACAAGGUAUACUGUCACCUCAAGGCCCGGUUCGACCACCCAGGGCGGCCCGAGUUUCGCGUUCCCCUAAUGUUCCCGACGGCGCUCAUCACCCCGGCGGGCUUGAUAAUGUAUGGCGUGACGGCGCACCUGCAACUGCACUGGGCACUGCCCAACGUUGGGGCGGGCAUCUUCGCAGCGGGCCUGAUCCUGUCCUUCCAGUGCGCGCAGACGUACGUGGUGGACUCGUACGAGCGCUACGCAGCCAGCGCGACCGGCGCUGCGGCGUUUGUGCGCACCAUGGCCGGCUUCAGCUUUCCGCUCUUCGCGCCUAAGCUGUACGAGGCGCUUGGCAUUGCCUGGGGGAAUGCCGUGCUCGCGGGGACCGCUGUUGUGCUGUGCCUGGCUGCACCGAUGGUGCUCUGGCGAUGGGGCGAGUGGAUUCGUAGCAAGAGUACGUACUGUGCCGAUUAA